AUGAAUUUUAGCUUUUUACUGCAAUUUUUGACGGUUUUGAAGGCAAACGAGAUCGGUCAAAGUUCAUCAUGGAGAAAUUUAUGCGAAAAAUGGCCAAAUGGAGUUUCCCUGAACUGCGCACGAAUCAAGUAUCAACUGCGCUCUGGAAAGCCUGACCCCGUCUUUCCCCAGACUUCGCCGAUCAAUCUCGAGAGGACCCUUUCUGGCAUAAAAGAAAUCUUCAACCGCGUUCCCGUCCUACCUCCGAGAACGAAUCCGUUUCACUGGACAACUUACGAACAAUAA